ACGUCAGGUCAGCUGACCGCUGCUGCAUGAAGGAGAAAGAUGUCGCUGACUAGCUGUCGAAGGAUGGAGGCUAUCUUUUCUGCCGCGUUCGCCAUCUGCUUCAUUCUCACAACCGCCGUCCACGGAGACAGCUUGACGGUGCUCCAGGCUCCGGAGUUCGUCUCCUUCCAGAAAGGCGACUGGCCGGUUUCUGGAGAGAAGAUCCCCGACCUGGUGGCUCUGACCAUGGGCUUCUCCGUCCAGGAGGACCUGUCGUGGCCGGGCCUCCAGGCCGGCCCGCUGUUCCAGAGGCCCCGGGCCAACGUGCUGGUGGUGGUGAGAGGCGCCGACAGCCUGGCGCUGCCCCAGAGCGUGGCGUCCUACCCCUUAGAGAACCCGGUCCCCUUCACCAUGGACAGCGUGGCGGAGACCGUCCACUCUCUGUUCGCCGAGGACACGCCCGUGGUGCUGCAGCUGGCGCCCAGCGAGGAGAGGCUCUACAUGCUGGGCAAGGCCAACGCCGUGUUCGAGGACUUACCGGUCACCUUGCAGCAGAUCCGUGCCCGUCUGUCCCAGGACGGCUCGGUGCUGGCCUCGCUGCCGCUCAACUCGCUCAGCAGGAACGCAGAGGCCGAUUUGCUUUUCCUGUCGGAGGUUCAGGUCCUGCACGAUAUCACGGCUCUGCUGCAGAGGCACCGACACCUGGCCAAAGACCACUCCCCUGACCUGUACUCGCUGGAGCUGUCGGGCCUGGAGGAGCUGAGCCGGCUGUACGGCCAGGACUCCCCUCAGUACCGCGACGCCGCCGCCAUCCUGGCUUCUGUUCUGCAGAAGUUCGGAGAGGACGUGUACGGUCUCUACGGUAACAGUGCGGUGGUGGAGGUCGUCACGGUGAAGACCUUCGAAGCUCCUCUGACCAGGAAGUCCCGCUCCAUCCUGCAGUCCAGACAAGCCACGAACACCGGCAGCCCGUACAACCUGGCCUACAAGUACAACUUCCAGUACGCCGUGGUCUUCAACAUCGUGCUGUGGCUGAUGAUCGGCCUCGCCCUCGCCGUCAUCGCCAUCGCGUACAACCUGUGGAACAUGGACCCCGGCUAUGACAGCAUCAUCUACAGGAUGACCAAUCAGAAGAUCAGGAUGGACUGAGCCCCGCCCCCCGGCGCUUCCCCGUAGAUCCCCGUAGUGAGUGUUUGUUUUCGUGUGAGAUCUCGUGUUGUGAAGAAAUAACUGUGGGCCCGGCGGGAGGACGGCGCCUGAGUCUUUGUUUACAUCUUCCAUGAGUAGAUAGGAAUCAGAUUCCUUCACGGCGGCGUCCUCCGCCGAAGCGAUUCAGACGUCCUCCCCUCGGCGCCGCAGCUCACAUCAUUCCUUAUAACUCUAACUUCCUCUCUCUGUGUCAUUUGUUUGCCCCGGUGAUUGCAACUGUAUUUUUAUUUAAAAGA